AUGGCUCAAGCACCACCCAUGUUCACCCCUGAUAGCGAAUUCGCUGAGCUAGAAACCUCUCCAGGCCUCAAGGAUGGGGGCCUUUCGUUAAUGGCGCUGGCUCGAUUUGAGUUCGAGGCUGGCAGGUCUAAUGAUGGCACUAAAAUUUUGAUGAUUGAGUGGGAGGACGACGAUCCGACCCGAUCUGCGAUGGAGGGGUCGUGGCAUGUCUCAUGGGCCGGCAAAACUGCCACGAUGCCCGCCGAUGAAAGACCGAGUGACAGCCUACGCCGUUGCUACUUCUUGCUCCCUCCCUAUACUACCAUUCCUCCCAUUGUCACUCUGUCGUAUGAACCCAAACCCUCGCCGACAGGUGUGCCUGCCCCUAAAAGGCCCCAAGACACCUUCCAGCUUAAUCCUCUCCCCGCCAUUUUCCCUCCUGCAUUGGGCGCCACGGGACGCACAGCUGGCAAAAAGGGCGUUUUGCAUACUAUCUGGGCGAAGAAGCGCCUGCAAGUUCUUGAAAAGGAGAUUGAGGAUGAAUCACGCAACAACGCCGAAGGAAUCGCGCUGCUUAUGGCCAUUCAGGAGAAGGAAUGGAUUGAGUUGAACUUUGGAAUAGGCUCGCGUGCUGUCGACUCGGUUGACGGUAACCAUGAUUCCGCGAACUCAUCCUCCGUGUAUCCAGCCACACCGGUGUCACCAGUCAGUGGCAGGAAUCUGAGUGACAAACUUAAGGGACUCAAGUUGCAGACCAGCGACAAGGAUCUGUCAGGAGGUGGUUCUCACGGAGCAUCGCUUCUUUCCCCGCAAUCGCCUGAUGUUGCAGUUUCCUCUUUCAGCUCGUUCAGCAGUAUCGCUAAUAGCCACCUACAUUCUAUGCCAACGCCUAACACCAAUCCCACCCCUACCCCAAGCUCUCACAUUAAUCUUUCGGGCCCCGAAUCACUGAAACCCGUUGCACUCUUCCCGCCUGACUUCCUCCAGGAGACUCAACAGACAAGCGAGCCCACUGGGUUUACAGCAAUGGAUGCAGCCAUGGGUUCAAUCACGCGCACCCCGAGCAAUGAUUCCGGCGAAGAAUUGUUCGCCAAGGCACUGAGUCCGCGCUCACCGGAUCUGCCUCGCAGCCCAUUCUCAUUCCGUUGA